AUGGCUAAGCCGUCGGCCUCCAUUGAUGGCCCAGAGCCUUCACAGCCAAGCACGAAAGCCAGUGGCAAUGGGAGCGCCGAGCCUGGUCCAUUUCAAGCGGCACAAAGACUGAAACACUGCGCAUCUGCUUCGACAGAGACGAUGGCAGGGGCAGCAGGCGAGGCUCAGGUACAUGCACAGACACCUACAACGGCACAGACAACGACGCGGCCUGCCAACGUGCUCCAUGAACGGUACCCCAUCUCGGGCCUGACGCUUCCCGACCAGCAUAUCGACGAUUUGAGAAGUUUGAGAGUCGUGGUUAUCGGGGCUGGGCUCUCAGGAAUUCUAGCCGGGAUCUUGCUCCCAGCGAAGGUGCCGAAAAUCCAAUUGACAAUCCUCGAGAAAAACGACGAUGUGGGCGGCACCUGGCUAGAAAACAUCUACCCGGGAGUCCGAUGCGACAUACCGUCGCACGUCUACCAGUCGACCUUCACCCCCUACACGCAAUGGUCGCAGCAGUUCGCCGAGGGCCACGAAAUCCGCGACUACUGGCAGGCGCAGGCCCGCAAGUACGACGUGUACAAGUACGUCAAGUUGGGCCGCCGCGUCGAGGACACGCACUGGUCGGACACGGAUGGCCAGUGGACGAUCACGGGCGUGGAUCGCACGACGGGCGCCCCGUUCACAGAGACUGCAGACUUUGUCCUCUCCGCGAUCGGCCGGUUCAACGACUGGCGCCUGCCCUCCUACCCCGGGCUGUCCGACUACAAGGGCCACCUCCGACACACCUCGAACUGGGACCCGUCGUUCGACCCGACCGGCAAGCGCAUCGCCAUCAUCGGCAACGGCGCCAGCGGGAUCCAAGUGCUGCCCAACGUGCAGCCCCUGGCGGCGCACAUCGACCACUACGCGCGCAGCAGGACGUGGAUUGCCGGGUCGUGGGCGGGCGACGAACGGACUUUCGCCCCGCAAUGGAUCUCGGAGGACCAGCGGCGCCAGUUCCGCGACGACCCCGAAACAUACCUCCGCUUCCGCAAGGAGCUGGAGGACAAGUACUGGCGGCGGUUCGGGUCGACGUUCCGCGGAUCCAAGGACAACGAGGACAUGCGCGCGCGGUUCAUCCAGAUCAUGGGCGAGAGACUGGUGCGCAAGCCCGAGCUGCUGGACCGUCUGGUCCCGGACUUCAGUCCCAACUGCCGCCGACUGACGCCGGGCCCGGGGUACCUCGAAGCCCUGGCGCAGGACAACGUGACGCUGAUCCAGGAUCCGAUCCGGCGCUUCACGGCCACGGGGAUCGAGACCACCACGGGCGACCACCGCGCCGUGGACGCCAUCUUGUGCGCCACGGGCGGGGCCGUCGAUUUCGUCCCCCCCUUCCGCGUGCGUGCUCGGGGCGUGGACCUCGUGGAGGCGUGGAGGCCGAUUUCGCGGGAAAGAGGCCACACAAUGGCGACGGUGGAGGCCGCCACCCAUUACGGCUGGCCGUAUACGUAUCUCGGGCUCGCCGUGCCGGACGUGCCCAACUUCCUCUUCAUCCACGGGCCGCACGGCGCAGGGCCCUCCGGCACGGUGCCCCACAGCGUGGAGGUCCAGCUGACGUACUACGCCAAGCUCCUGCGGAAAGUGUCGUCACAGGGCAUCAAGGCCAUGUGGCCUUCGCGGCGGGCGGCCGAUGACUUCGUCGCCUACGCCGACGCAUUCUUCGCCACGACCGUGCUGACGGACAAUUGCAGUUCGUGGGCAAAUGGUGGGAAGCCCGGCGGGCGCAUCCACGGCAUCUGGCCCGGCAGCGCGGGUCACGUCACGCUGGUCCGUAAGGAGCCGCGCUGGGAGGACUGGGAAUACGCGUAUUUGCAUGCGAGUGGGAACCGGCUCGUCGGCUGGUUUGGGAACGGGUGGACGAGAAAGGAAAAGGACGGGGCCGAGGAUAUGACGGCAUACCUGAAACUAGAGGGGACUGUCGACCUGAGGGAACUGCAUGAGCAGUGGUGGGAAUGA